CAACCCUUGAUAAAGACCGUGUACCAAUCCAACAUACAUACGCCAAAAAGGGUUUUGUUUGACUUACCUAUCAUUUGCCUGUAAUCACAUUUCCAACAAUUCCAUUCAUUAGAAACACAAACCCCAAAAAUCCUAAUCCCUUCAAUUUCAUUUCCCUAUCCAAAUUUAUCAUCAACUCAAAUUAAAAUUCCUAAAAUUUAAUUUCAAUUGUGAUCUUCCCAGAAAAACCCACAAUUCAAAACUACUGAUUUCUUAUCUGGGUAGUUCCAUAAACCUUUAAAUUCAGAAAAAGCUGGAAUUUUUUUGAGAGAGAAAACAAUAUGGGGUUUAGGAAGAAUGAAAAUGAAGCAGGAUCAAGCUCUAAUUCAAUCCCAAUUGCAAGAGAAGAUACCCCACUUUUAGGUAAAUCAAAACAAUCUUCUGGGUUCAAAACUUUAGCAAACAUUUUUAUUGCUGUUGUAGGAUCAGGUGUUCUGGGUUUACCUUAUACUUUCAUGAAAGCGGGCUGGUUGUUUGGUAUGAUUACCCUCUUUUCAAUUGCUCUUUUAACUUACUAUUGUAUGAUGUUAUUGGUUUAUACUAGAAGAAAGCUUGAAUCUGUUAAUGAAUACUCGAAAAUCAAUUCGUUUGGUGAUCUGGGUUUUGCUGUUUGUGGAUCAGUUGGGAAAUUAUGUGUUGAUUUUAUGAUAAUUUUAUCACAAGCUGGGUUUUGUGUUAGUUAUAUGAUAUUUAUUUCGAAUACUUUUGCACAUUUGUUCAAUAGUACUGCUUCUCAGGCUCAUAGUUAUCUGGGUCUUACCCCUAAAAAAUGGUACAUUUGGGGUUGUCUUCCUUUGCAAUUAGGGUUGAAUUCAAUUCCAACAUUGACCCAUUUAGCCCCUUUGAGUAUUUUUGCUGAUGUUGUGCAACUUGGAGCAAUGGGUGUUGUGAUGGGGAAAGAUGCAGUUAUUAUUGCUAAUAAUAAGCCUGUUGUUCAGGCAUUUGGAGGGUGGAAUGUGUUCUUCUAUUGUGUUGGUGUUUGUACUUAUUCGUUUGAAGGGAUUGGAAUGGUUUUGCCCUUGGAAAGUGAGGCGAGGAAUAAGAAGAACUAUGGAUUGGUGUUGGGUUUGGCAACAGGAAUGAUUUCCAUCUUGUAUGCUGUAUUUGGUGUAAUGGGUUACCUUGCUUUCGGGAACGAAACGAGGGAUAUAAUCACCACAAACAUCGGAACCGGGUUUUUGAGCACUUUGGUGCAACUAGGGUUGUGUAUUAACCUUUUCUUCUCAUGCCCAUUGAUGAUGAACCCAGUUUAUGAGGUGUUGGAUAGAAGGCUAAGUCAAGGGAGCUAUACCUUGUGGUCUAGAUGGUUGAUGAUUUUCUUGGUGGCUUUGAUUGCCUUAUUUGUGCCCAAUUUCGCCGAUUUCUUGUCACUUGUUGGAAGCAGUGUGUGCGUUGCGUUGGGAUUUGUUUUCCCUGCUCUCUUCCACUUCAUUGUUUUCAAAGAUGAGGCAGGUUUGGGAAAGCUGAUCUUGGAUGGAGCAAUAGUUGUCAUAGGCAUUAUUCUUGGUGUCUCUGGUACUAUGAUUUCUCUUAGGGAGAUUUUCGGUACCACAGCUUGAUUUUUGGAAAAAUUGUUGUAUGGUUUCUCAACAUUAGUCGACUAUUUACUUGAGUACUCGUGUUAGGCGUUCGUGUUCAAGUGUAGGACUUGGCUAUAUUAUGGAAAGAAAACCAUGGUUCAGGUGUAAAAUGAAGUGUCACAAGUGUCUAUACCCUUGUCAGAGUGUCGAUGGUGUGAUAGCACAGAGUCAAGUACCUGUAUGGUUGGUCGGAGUGUCAAGGAUAUGGCAUAACACAAGUACUUGAGGUGUUAUGAACAGCACAAUUCUGUAUCAUAAGUGUGUAUAAUCCUAGAUUUGGUAUGAUCAAGUGUUUAAUGUUAUCAUUUUUUUGGUAUGAUCAAUCAUGAUAUAUGUGCAAAAACUUCAAAUUGUCUGAUAAUGAUAAUAAUCAAAUUACAUUUCUUUGCAGUGAGAAAUUUCAUGCUUA